AAGCAGUUGUCCAAUCCAACUGUCUGACUGUUGUCUAAUUUCCGUCUGUUUGUCUGUCUAGUGUGAGUAGUCGUACAAACGUAAUCAUGAACACGUUCAGCUGCGUUCUCCUCGGUGUACUCGUCGCUGGAGCCUGUGCGGGGCCCAUAGCUAAAGACAAAUCUGAGAGGAUCUCCCCUAAACAAACCGUGGAAGAGUUCUUCACAUCGAACUGGGGAUCCUGCGAACCCUUGAAGAACCCACUCGUUCUUCCGGAGAUCAGUGAUGCCUCGACAUGGGAACGUUGCAGGGCUCAUAUCCCCAUCUCUCCUGAGCAGGUCGAGGAGGCGCUACCCAAUCUGAGCAGGUGUAUGCUGAAGGUCAUCGGCUGGGUGCGACCCAACGGCAACAUGAACCUGAGCAAGUACAUGGAUUACCUCUCUCAAGCCGGGCUCGACGGAAAGACCCUUGAGCUCACCAAGAUCGCCCACGAGAAGUGCUCUUCCCGCGCCUUCAGUCAAGCUGCCAACGACUACAAGGAGCAGGACAAGAUCUACGUCGAAUGCAUCUUCCGACACUUCGACAAGACCUGCCCUCCUAACUUCCAGGCUGCCGUGAAACAAGGUUACAUCGUCGGGAUCACCCAAAUUUCCUUCGUGCCCCGCUACGAUGAAGUUGACGAAGCCGGCCCUGUGGAGGAAGAUGCUGAACCACAGCAGACUCAACAGGAGGAUUCCAACAGCUCGAUCAAAGACUCAGACGCACAGUAAAUCUAAGUCAGGAAGGCUGAGAACGCUGGCGAGAACGCGAGCAUUGGCGUCUGACGAGGACGCGAACGAGAUUUUUUUUGUCAUGCAUGCGAGCGGAGAACUUCAUCUUUGUAUAAAAGCAAAACCUGUUUUCACAACGCACCUUCUCGAGCGGACCCCUGAACCAGGACUCGAGCAUGGGAAAUCGUUUCGUCAGAACGACCUGACUAAAUUCCCCAUCGGUAUCUCUGGGGACAUACUGAGGAUUCCCCAUUCUGAGGCUGGAUUCUUGGGAUCACGCAUCAAACAUUAUAUGCACCUCUAUUUCGAAUCGAACCUAGCGAGUCUGUGCGAGUCCGCGCGAAAUGGUGACCUUUCAAAGAGACCUGUGAUACGGUUUAUGAGGAAAAAACAACAUUCACAUUGUACAUACUUUGCACCACGCAAAACUCAUCAUCGCUUGCUUAGUACCAAAUAUCCUCAUCGGGCUGUUUUUUUAAAUUCCAUACCCAUUCCUCGAGGUGUAGCCCUCCGCGAGUGGCAUUCCCUCGAGGAGAUGAAGUUCCCGUUCCAUCCGGAAGGAUCCGGAGGGUGUAUUGAUGAGGACGCGAAUUCUUGGAGAUUCUCAACAAUAAAGUACGCAAGCGGACUGGCUUUGUGUUGCACGAAA